CUCCCUUCCGGAGAUCCCCGAAGCGAUUCCGGAGUUUCCGGAAGCGGCUCCCGAGCGGUGCCGGCGGACCUCCCGGAACGGUUCCGAAGCAGGUCCGGAAGUUGCCAGGCGACUCCCGAGUUUGCCGAGAGAUUCCGAAGCCGUGCGGAGGUUCUCGAAACGAUUCCAGAGACCCACGAAGCGACCCCGGAGAUUGCCCAGAGGUUCCGAACCGGUUUCGGAGAGUCCCGAACCUCCUCCCCCUUUUCGGAGAUCUCCGGAAGGUUUCGAGAGGCUCCGGACAUCCCUGAGACCGUUCCGCAAAGCCCCGAAACGGUUCCGAAGCGGUUCCGGAGAUCCUCGAGGCGGUUCCGGAAGUCGCCAAGCGACUCCGGAGGUUCCCGAAGCGCUUCCGGAAACUCCCGAAGUUGUACCGAAGGAAUUCCGGAGCUUCACGAACCCUCUCCGGAGCUUCACGAAGCGAUCCCGGAAGUUGCCGAGCGGUCGUGAAGCGGUUCCGGAGAGUUCCGAGCGGCUCCGGAAGUUUCCGAGCGGCUCCGGAAGUUGCCGAGCCGGCCGGCCCUCAGCGCUCGCCCCCGGCCCCCGUCGCCCCCGGACCCCCCGAACCGGAGCCGCCCCCGGCCCGGCCCCGCUCCCUCGGCCCCGGGGGGGGCCCGGACCCGCCCCGGCCCCGCCGCCCCGGCCCGGCAGGAUGAUCAAGCUGUUCUCGCUGAAGCAGCAGAAGAAGGAGGAGGAAUCGGCGGGCGGCACCAAGAGCUCCAGCAAAAAGGCCUCGGCCGCGCAGCUCCGCAUCCAGAAAGACAUCAACGAGCUGAACCUGCCCAAGACGUGUGAGAUCGAUUUCUCGGACCAGGACGAUCUGCUGCACUUCCGCCUGCUCAUCUGCCCCGACGAGGGUUUCUACAAGGGCGGCAAAUUUGUCUUCAGCUUUAAGGUGGGCCAGGGCUACCCCCACGACCCGCCGAAGGUGAAGUGCGAGACGAUGGUGUACCACCCCAACAUCGACCUGGAGGGCAACGUCUGCCUCAACAUCCUCAGGGAGGACUGGAAGCCGGUGCUGACCAUCAACUCCAUCAUCUACGGCCUGCAGUACCUGUUCCUGGAGCCGAACCCCGAGGACCCCCUGAACAAGGAGGCGGCCGAGGUGCUGCAGAGCAACCGGCGCCUGUUCGAGCAGAACGUGCAGCGCUCGCUGCGGGGCGGCUACGUGGGGGCCACCUACUUCGAGCGCUGCCUCAAGUGCCCCCCGAGAGACCCCCGGGAAUCCCCCACACAAGGGAAAAAAACAACAACAACAACAAAAAAGAAUUACCCCAAUAAAAAGCUGCGGAAAAAAAAAAAAAAAAAAAACCCCGAUAAAAAUAUCCCCAGUAUUCCCAGUUUCCGCUCCCAGUCGCCCCCACUCUUCCCGACGCCCCCGCGCCACCAGGUGGCGCUCCUCCGGGCGGAGCCGCUCUGGCCGCUCCUCUCGCUGCUCCCCCAUCGGAAGUGGCCGCUCCGGCCGCCCCAAUCCGCUCCUCUAUGGUUCGCGCCUCCCCUGAAGGAGGCGCAGUCACGUGACCGAAACCCGCCGGGCUUCGCGUGA